UUUCACUUUCAGUUCUAUCUGUCCGCGGCGACAGCUACACGCCGCGACAGACGAAGAAGAAGAAAACGCGUAACUUGGUCGCGAAUGUCUCUUCUAGUUGGACCUAUAAACGACCUUUUAGACACUUUUGAGUGGAGCAGGCUAAGUGACAGUUGGACGCGGACAGGAAGUCGCGUGGAAGCUUGUCAAAACAACAGCAGCUCUGUUGUGUCGUAACCGCGACACAUCUCUGUGUUACCUGUCCUUUCAGGUGUGACCAUGGCCUCCGAAGAUGCACCGAAAGUCAAUUUGAAAGAGGCGGAGGAACUCGCCCUGUCUCUGAGCGACGCCCUCAGCAGCGGGAACGCCCAAGAGGCAGUCAAACUGUGCCAGAGGCUGUCACAACUGUCCGUCCCGGUGUCCGUCAGCAUCAGCAGUCAGGCCUACCCUCAGGACUCCAUAAGGUUGAGAGUCGGAGUAGAGGAUGCCCAGUCAGAUACCUACAUCCCAUUGUCCAUUAUGGUGUCUCCUGACAUGACAAUUGCACAACUCAAAGAUCAGAUCAGUCACGACUAUGGGUUCCCGCCUUCGCUGCAGCGCUGGGUGAUCGGCAAGCGGCUGGCUCAGGACAAGGAGUCGUUGUACAGCCACGGCAUCCGCGAGAACGGGGACCAGGUCUUCCUGUUCAUCCUCUCCGCCGAAUCUGCUCAUCUGACACGGCAUCUGCACAAACUGGACCAGGAGCAGCAACGCAUAGAGGGCAUCGUGGAGUCGAUGGAGUCAAUGCAGCUUUUACCCAGAGGGCCGGGCGGAGGUGGUGGUGGAGAGAGGGCAGCUCCUCCUCCAGAGCCUCGACACACUCCUCUGCCUACAAAGCCCCCGACCGCCACUAAACCUGCUGUGCUUCCUAAACCUCGGUUGGGCUGGGCCUGUGCCAGGUGCACCUACGUGAACAAACCAACGCGUCCCGGCUGUGAGAUCUGUGGAGGGGAGCGGCCAGAGGAUUACGAGGUGCCUGCCGUCUACCAGCCGGACAAGCAGGAGGUUCUACGAAUUCAGCAGGAGCAGCUGGCUGUGCUGCAGUAUCAACAGGCUCGGCAGGAAGAACGAGAGAAGAACUACCUGUACCUGUUGGCAGCAGAAGAACAAAACCUAAUACCUAACGCUAUGGCGACAGACUGUCCCAUCUGCUUCUCCACGAUGGAGCCAGGACAGGGCAUCGUGCUCAGAGAGUGUCUACACACCUUCUGCAGGGAGUGCCUACGAGGAACAAUAGUGAACAGCCAAGAUGCCGAGGUGUCGUGUCCUGACGAAUGUGACAGCAAGCUGCUGGACCGAGAGAUCCGAGCGCUGCUCUCAGACGAAGAGCACCAGCGGGUGCUGGAGUUGCGCCUGAGCAUCGCAGAGAGCCGCGCCGAGCACAGCUUCCACUGUCAGACUCCCAACUGUCGAGGGUGGUGCGUCUACGAGGAUGAGGUCGACGAGUUCGUCUGUGAACUCUGCAACGAAACCAACUGCAUUCUGUGCAGGGCCAUCCAUGAAGGCAUGAAUUGCAGGGACUACCAGGAUGACCUGCGCAUCCGAGCGGAGAACGACCAGGCGGCUCAGCAAACCAAGCAGAUGCUCGAGAGUAUGCUGCAGAACGGGGAGGCCAUGAAGUGUCCACGGUGUGACAUCGUCGUCCAGAAGAAAGACGGCUGCGACUGGAUCUGCUGCUUGAUGUGCAAGACGGAAAUCUGCUGGGUCACCAAACAAGCUCGCUGGGGACCAAAUGGCAGUGGCGACACAUCGGGCGGCUGUAGAUGUAGAGUCGGUAACAAGCCUUGCCAUCCCAACUGCCACAAUUGCCACUGACACAAGCGCACGAGUGAACAUAUACAGUGCGCGUGCGUGCGUGCGUGCGCGCAAUGCAGCUGCAAGCACAUACACACUCUCAAGAAAAAGGGCCGCAUCACAUUCAGCAAGCUAUGCACCCUUCCUGCUUUUAUCUACUACGUCUUCUGCAGCUGAGGAUAUUAACUGCCAUUUUGAGAAAAUGAGCCACAAUAAUGUAUUUUUGUGUGGAAUCAACGCUUAAUGUAUACACGCCAAUCUUAUUUCGACAGCCAUCGUGUCGCGUUUACUCGAGUUUGGCUUCACCUCAAAUAAGUGGUUUUAAUCAGGAAAGCAAUAACCAAAUGUAACACUUUCUUACCUUUGCAAGAAAAAGGCCUGUGCUCACACUAUAUGAAUAGUUCAUAAAAAAGAAUUCCCAAUCUUUACCUAUGGCUACAAUUAAUUAACUACAACUAACAAUGUUAGUUUCCUCCGCCAAGGAGCUUAUGUUUUCAUGCCUGUCUGUUUGUUAGUUUGUUUUUCAGCAGGAUUAUGCAAUUAUUGAACGGUUUUCCACAAAACUUGGGACAUGGGCCACCAAAGAACCCAUUACAUUUUGGCUCAUGGAGAGAAUCCAGGAAUAUUUUUUAAUCCCUUUCUCUUAAUAUUGCAAUGUAUGGAAUUUUUUACCCAGCGAAUAGUUCAUGGGUCUUGAUGAUAAAUCAGGCAUAUUUAGGGGACUGAUAUCGAUGAAUGUGCAGCUUAAUAUAAUUUAAGGGGGCAGUUCUAGUUCAUAAGUAUUUUUUGACAUUUUCUACAAUGUAUUUGUCAAUUAAACGUCAUUGAUAAGUGACGAAACAUAUUCAUCUGUAAUGGGAAAUUUAAGAAAUGUUUUUUUCUUUCAGUCGACUAUUUAGGCUGCAGUGAAGGAUGUUUGACAUGUUUACACUGAAUCAACGUGUUCAUAAUGUAUAACAAGGUGCUCUAGUGCAAUUCAUGGCUUUUUAAUUGAGAUGCUGUACUUGUUUUUGUCAGGUCUCUUUGUCUGUAAUUCUUAAGUCAUCAUCCCUCAAGCCUUAAAUGAUGUAUUAUAAUAUAUAGAAUAUAUUUUGUUUAUGUGAUGUAUCUACAGAAUGAAGUUUGUUGGGUUUCACCAUUACUUGAAACAUGUCUUCAGUCAUCUCAUUGGAUAAAAUUAAAAAGCUGAACCUUGAAGAUCGUCUCGCUGCCUCGGUAGCAAAAUGCAACUCGCCAUUUUUAUAAGCACUUUUUUUUCUUCCUGAUAACAACUAAUGUAUAGAACAAAGUUAUUUUUGUUCUACUUUUGCCAGGCUCAGUUAUAAGCAUUCAUCACACAUUAACUGUUCUUUGUCAAGGUUUUUCAAAAUGUAAACCUGAACUUCACAUUUUAAAACCUUUUUUUAUGCUUUAAUAUUAACAUAUUAAGUGUAAUCAUAUGGGUGUACCGUUACUGUAAGAAAUGAUGUAACUACAGGUCUUAAAAUGGUCAAAAAACCUUUUAUAGGAAAAAAGAUUUCAUUGUAAUGUAAUCAGGUUAAAUAUGAAAAUUCUAGGAAGGUUCACUUGGAUCCUUCCUCAUCUAGAAAAUACUGUAUCUAUGCUGCAAGAAAAUGGUUUUCCUUUAAAGUUUCUCUCCAGUCAAA